CAGAUUGCUCUAUUUUGGACUGACGCAGUGGCAGUACCUGUCUGUAGGCGCUGAUGCUGAUGAGUUGACGCCUGGCUUAUGACCGGGGCAUUGACCCAAUUGCCUGCAUUUAUGUCUGGGGAAGAAUGGAUCAAAGUGAGUAUACCUAUCACUGGAAUAUCUCCACAGCAAGCUGACGUCAAAAAAACAAUAUUGAGAGGUGCAGGGCUUUAUAAGAGCCGAGAGCUACUCGUCAGCAAUAAGAAACAAAGGCAAAAGAGGCAAAAAGCAACACACUGGUGAGGGAGAAUAGCCAUCCAUAGGACUUUCUGAAUUCCUGGUGAUUCCUGGGACAGAAUAGCCGAAGCGCUUGAGCUAUUUCAAGUACAAAACAGUCAUGCCCUGUCUGAAACUGUGUACCUUCCUCCUUGGAGCCGCGCUGGCCAUCAGCUGUUUGGACGGAUUCCAAGCUGCCCCGAGCAGAUACCCUGCACAUUCUACAAGCCAAGAUGCUGUGCCCCUUGAGUUUGACUCCUGGUUGGUUCCAGCGCUGAGGAAGAGGGCGCUCAUGGGCUGGUCAGCUUUACCUGAGGAAGAUCUUCUCAAAACGAAGAGUAUUCGUGUGAAGAAGAGGAGGUGCAACACUGCCACUUGUGUGACACAACGUCUGGCGGACUUUUUGAGUCGUUCCAACAGCAACUUGGGUGCCUUCUACUUGCCAACAAAUGUGGGAUCAAACACUUAUGGCAAGAGAGAUGCCAUGGGGCUGUAUAGCAGAGAACUCUACAGUUACCUCCAACGCUAGAGCUGAGAGCAGUCCAGGGCCCUUUUUUUCUUAAAAUUAGAAGAUUAUUUCUGUAGGUCCAACAUUG